CUCCACGACGGGAAAGAAGUGACGGCUUAUAUAUGGAGAGACCACAUUUCGUCCAGCAUUAUUCUAGACAAGUAAGGAUUUGAAGGAGAUACAGUUUGCUCUAAGCGACUCUUACCGGUAGAGGAAACGCAAAGGCCGUUAAAUCAUUGGUUGUACUUCUGUUAAGAUCUGCUUGUAGAUUUAAGUACAAACAAGCAAAGAUGAAGCUGUUGUGGGUUGUGAUGCUGGUGGUCGGCACAGUGUUUGCCGCCGACGAUGAUGAUAAGAAGGACAACGUGGGGACUGUGGUUGGGAUUGAUCUGGGGACCACAUACUCAUGUGUUGGAGUGUUCAAGAAUGGACGUGUGGAGAUUAUUGCCAAUGACCAGGGAAACCGAAUUACCCCCUCCUACGUGGCCUUCACCAGUGAAGGUGAGCGUCUGAUCGGUGAUGCUGCCAAGAAUCAGCUGACCUCUAACCCUGAGAACACAAUCUUUGAUGCCAAGAGGCUCAUUGGUCGCACAUGGGGUGACUCAUCUGUGCAGCAGGACAUCAAGUACUUCCCCUUCAAGGUUACUGAGAAGAAGAGCAAGCCCCACAUCCAGGUUGACAUUGGUGGUGGCCAGAUGAAGACCUUUGCUCCUGAAGAGGUCUCUGCUAUGGUGCUGACUAAGAUGAAGGAGACUGCUGAGGCUUACCUGGGCAAGAAGGUCACACAUGCUGUGGUCACUGUCCCCGCCUACUUCAACGAUGCCCAGCACCAGGCCACUAAGGAUGCUGGUACCAUUGCUGGUCUGAAUGUUAUGCGAAUCAUCAAUGAGCCAACUGCUGCUGCUAUUGCUUAUGGCCUGGACAAGAGGGACGGAGAGAAGAACAUUCUUGUGUUCGAUCUGGGCGGAGGCACCUUUGAUGUCUCUCUUCUGACCAUUGACAACGGUGUGUUUGAAGUGGUGGCCACCAACGGUGACACUCAUCUGGGAGGAGAGGACUUUGACCAGCGUGUCAUGGAGCACUUCAUCAAGCUGUACAAGAAGAAGACUGGCAAAGAUGUGCGCAAAGACAACCGUGCUGUGCAGAAGCUGCAUCGCGAGGUCGAGAAGGCCAAGAGGGCGCUGUCUGCCCAGCACCAAGCCCGCAUUGAGAUCGAGUCUUUCUUUGAGGGAGAGGACUUCUCUGAGACCCUGACUCGUGCCAAGUUUGAGGAGCUGAACAUGGUACUUGCAGGUGAUGUGGUUCUUCUGGAUGUGUGCCCCCUGACCCUUGGUAUUGAGACUGUUGGAGGAGUAAUGACGAAGCUGAUCCCCAGGAACACUGUGGUGCCCACCAAAAAAGCCCAGAUCUUUUCUACAGCUUCUGAUAACCAGCCUACUGUCACCAUCAAAGUCUAUGAAGGUGAGCGUCCUUUGACCAAAGACAACCAUCUCCUGGGUACCUUCGACCUGACUGGCAUCCCCCCUGCUCCUCGCGGUGUACCGCAGAUUGAAGUCACCUUUGAGAUUAAUGCCAACGGCAUUCUGCGUGUCACUGCUGAGGACAAAGGCACAGGCAACAAGAACAAGAUCACAAUCACAAAUGACCAGAACCGGCUAACGCCCGAGGACAUCGAGCGCAUGGUGAACGAUGCAGAACGCUUUGCUGACAAAGAUAAGAAGCUGAAGGAGAGGAUCGACGCUCGCAAUGAGCUGGAGAGCUACGCAUACUCCCUGAAGAACCAGAUCGGUGACAAAGAGAAGCUUGGUGGCAAGCUGUCAGAUGACGAUAAGGAGUCCAUUGAAAAGGCAGUGGAGGAGAAGAUUGAAUGGUUGGAAUCCCACCAAGAUGCUGACCUGGAUGACUUCCAGGCCAAGAAGAAGGAGCUUGAGGAGGUGGUUCAGCCCAUCAUCACCAAGCUCUACGGUAGUGCAGGUGGUCCUCCACCAGAGGGCAGUGAGCAAGAUGAGAAGGAUGAGUUGUAGGCAGGUCUGAAGUCUUGUCGCUCCUUGGCCCUCUGGCAUGUUGGUGUACAUAUUGGACUGAUGGGACUCAAAUUGUGAGAGGAGUGGUCAGGAAGGGGCUGACAAUAACAAGUGACCAUACUGAAUUUCCUGAAAGACUUUAAAACAAGUUUCAGUGUAUGAGACGUGUUCUCUUCGCUGGAAGGCGGAGAUAUUUGUCAGCCUGGAUAUGAGGCUUGUUGCUGCUGUUCUCAGGCAGUCCUGAUGGGGAGGGAUGUAGUUGGGUGGGCGGGUGGGUUUUUGUGGGUACACUGAAUAUAGUGUCUGUGGGAUGAAGGGCUCUUUAUGUUCACAGGCAGUGCAAAAGUUUAUUUAUUGAAUCUGGUCAUUGUACGUCUGGAAGGACAAUUGAAAUAAAUGUUUGAUACAAA